AUGGCAGUCGCGGGCGACACGUACGGUCGUCGCUGGAGGCAGGGCCACCGUCGUCACGGCGUCGACCUGUUCGAGCUCUCCACGGCAUCUGGGGAUCAAGCGGUGGACGAAGACCGGGACAUCGCCUACGCCGUAGUCGCCAAGGUGGAGCUUCGUUGCCAUUUGAAUGAGGUGCUAAAUGGCGACGUGCUCUUCAGCCAGCGACGUCUGCUGUCGUCGGAGCUGCGACGCCAGUCGGUGGUGGCGUCACGUUUGGAUAUGGAGAAACAAGAGGAGGAGGAGUCUCCGGAGCAGGCGUUGAUCGGCGUCAAUGUCGCGACGCUGCGUCCGCGGAUGCCCGUGGACCUGGGAGGCACCAACAAGAAGACGCAGAAGCUCUGCUUCUCCACCUUCACGCAACAGUAUCCGGGUCAGGACCGCGCCGUCCACAUCAUGAAGACGCUGCUCAAAGAGUUACACGACCAACUGAUCCCAAGGUCCGACCGAACUGCGCUGCGUAACGAAGUCGAUCACUUGAGCGUGGGCUUUCACAUCCAGAGCACUCAUAGUAGCCAAGGUUUUGCCGGUAGCAACACCCACGUCACGCGCAUCUUCGCGCAUGGGUACGCGUCGCCUACGCUCCCAACGCAGUUCGGAGAGAGCACCAAGUCCAGUGAUGCAACAUCGGUAACCCCUGCUGAGCUAGCGCGACGUCGAGAGACUAUCAUGAACCCGGAGGCCAAGCACGUGCUGAACGUGCUGACCAAGUCUCUGCGUCAAUUCGAGCGCGUGGUGCGUCGUCGCCGCUUCGGCUUCCAGACGUUCAUCUACUUCCCCACCGGGUACGACGAUCUGUCGUUGGAGAAGGCCUGCUCCAUUUGCGCCAAGCGCUUCCACUUCUUCCGUCGCGACUUCUUCUGCCACUUGUGUGGGCACAUGGCCUGCGGUGAUUGCUCGCAACUGUACGAGGUGGAGGCUCGCGUGGGGGAGCUCCGUCGGAAUAGAUGCUGCUUGCAGUGUGUGCACCGUGUGGACUCCUGUACGUUUGAUGAUGAAGACUUGCUGGAGGCACUGGGUCCUGCUGUGGUUGCAGUGGACGAUGCUCUCUGGUACAACGACGACAAGUACCAUUUAGACGCGAUGGAGGGAGACGGAGACACGGCGUCCAUGACGUCGGACUCGAGCUAUGUCGAGGAGCUAACGGAGCAGCUGUACUCGGACGAUCCGAGCCAGAACUCGCACGCUUUGGACUUCUUGGGGCAAUUGGGGAACCCAGUGGCCUCCAUUCACGAGUACGACUUUGUGAGUCCUGAUGCGAAGCGCGCUAAGGCUCACAACAAGAGCAAACGCCGCAAGAAUGUCAGCAAGGUUCAACUAGUGGCGCAGGGUGUGGAGAACUACCUGAGCCAGAGUCUCCGCGUGAUGAAGGACCGCUUCAUUCGCGCGGACAAGACCAAAGCGGUGGACCACCCCAUGCCUCCCAUGCCCGCGCCGAAGAAGGAGGUUCGACGCCUUGAGGUCAUCGAGCAGAUGGGAGUCCUCCAGCCCGAAUACGACCAUGCAGCGCUGGAUCUGGUGGCCCAAGUGGCGGCCAAGCGUCUGAACUGCCCCAUCGGCUUCGUGUCCGUCGUGGACAACGACAAUUCCCACGCUAUCGGCACGUACAACCUGCCGGAGGAGGCAUUCACGCUACCACGCACUAUCAACGUCUGUAUUCAUGCAGUUUAUGCUGAGAAGCCCCUGAUCCUCAAGAACCCCAUGCGCGAUAUGCGCUACUCGCAGAUGCCGUGCGUCAAGGACCUCGGCGUCAAGUUCUACGCGGGCUUUCCGGUUCACGGGCCCAACGGCGAAGUGGUGGCAUCACUGUGUGCUGCAGACGCCGUACCUUAUGACAACAUUUCGACCAAGGACUACGCCACGAUGGAGGUACUCGCGACAUUGGCGUCCGAACUUGUUGCGCCGAAGAAGCCGGUUCUUCGGUGCUGA